AUGGAGGGCGGGGAGGAGAUGCAGGGCGCCGUGGGGCUGCGCUGCUCCUGGGACAUCCCGCCACCCGUCGGUCCCCAGGCCAAGUGGGUGAGGCUCAAUGUGGGGGGCACCGUCUUCCUCACCACCAGGCAGACCCUGUGUCGGGAGCAGAAAUCUUUCCUGUGUCGUUUGUGCCAGGGCGAGGAUCUGGAGCAUUUGAGGGAUGAGACUGGUGCAUACCUAAUAGACCGGGAUCCCACCUACUUUGGACCCAUCCUGAAUUUCCUUCGUCAUGGGAAGCUGGUCCUGGAUAAAGAUAUGGCUGAAGAGGGGGUCUUAGAAGAAGCCGAGUUCUAUAACAUUGGCCCUUUAAUCCGAAUAAUCAAGGAUCGACUGGAGGAGAAGGACUACACAGUAACUCAGGUGCCUCCUAAGCAUGUCUACCGCGUGCUACAGUGCCAGGAAGAGGAGCUCACUCAGAUGGUUUCCACCAUGUCGGAUGGAUGGCGCUUUGAGCAGCUUGUGAACAUUGGCUCAUCCUAUAACUAUGGGAAUGAGGAUCAGACAGAGUUCCUGUGCGUGGUCUCCAAGGAGCUGUACAACUCCCACAAUGGCCUGAGCUCUGAGCCCAGCCACAAAGCCAAGAGCACAAAGGAGGACCUGGAGGAGGAAGAGCAGGAGGUGGAGGAGAAGGAGGAGGCAGAGACAGAAGCAGAAGGAGAAUCAGAGGAGAAAGCUGUUACAAGCCAGAGGCAGCUGGUCUGGGCUUGUGGCCAGGGGACAAAUGGGCCACUGCCCUUCUAUGGGCCAGCUGUGCAGCUCGUGGAGUGUCCCUGUGUCAGACUCCUUGGUGCCUCCCUCUCUGACCCCAAAGCAGCCCUGUGUCAGCAGGGUGAGGAGGAGACGGGGUGCUGCCUGGGUACCGGGAACACACUGGCACCUGACGUGUCCGCUAGCACGAGGAGACGCUUGUCUCGGGGAGCGGGGCGCUUGCUUCAGUGA